AUGGGUUCGCUUGAUGAUGACGAUGAUUUGGAUAAGUUGCUGAAUGAUGAUGCACCAAUCGACUCUGAGAAGUUGAACUCAAUCACUAGCUUCUUGACUGGUGCUCCAAGCCAACAGCAACAACAGCAACAGCAACAACAACAGCAGUAUGCCCCACAACAACAACAACAACACAUUCACCAACAACAACAACAACAACAACUACAACAACAGAGACCCAACAACAUACCAAUCAAUGGCCUUCAACCAACUCAAUCAAUUAUACCACAACAACAACAACAUCAGCCUCAGCAGCAGCAACAACAACAACAGAGGAUGGUCAACACGAUGACUCAACCACCUGCUGGCACUAUGACAAUGAAGAAUAUGCCACAGUCACAGCCUAUGCAAGGUCAGGUGUAUGUCAAUCAACCAGGACAACCGAUGAACAAACAACCACCAAAUGGUGGUCAGCCUGGCCAACAACAACAACAGGCACAGCCGAUGAACAUGGUGCCCAAGCAGAUGCCAAUGAAACAACCACCAAUGCAACAACAGAUGAAGCCUGGAGCAGCAGUCCCAGUCGGUCAAUCAAUGAUCAACCCGGCAGGCGGCGCAGCGGCAAUGAACAAGCCUGUGACGAUCAAUGUCAACCCCAAUCAACCCGCCAUGACGUCCACCACCAUCGCACCCUCGGCUCCUGGUGGCUACCCGGCCAAUAUUAACGUUAAUGUUAAUCGUCCUGUUGGACAACCAAUGCAAGCAGUUCAACAGCAGCCUCAGAUGAUGAUGGGUGGCAAGCCAAUGGCAGCACAACCCCAGCAACAACAGCAACAGUUUCAGGCUCAGCAACAGCAGCAGCAGCAAUCGAUGCAGUCCCCAACCGGAAUGCCAAUGCAACAACAGAUGAAACCAAUGGCAGGCAUGCAACAACCUGGUGUUGUUGGUGUGCAGAUGCAGUCUACUCUGCCACAACAACAACAACAACAACAAGUACAACAACAAUCACAUAUGAAACCAAUGGCCAACAUGCCACAACAACAAACCAAUCCAAUAUCCUCACCUCAACAACAUGUCACCAACGUGCCAAUGCGAUCACCGAUGCCGGGACAGGUCGGAUCAAUGGCAGUCCAGGGCUCACCCAUUCCUCAGCCAAACAUGACACAACCUCAACAGCCACAACAAAUGAUGGGCCAAGUAGCACAACAACAACCACAACAGAUGAAGCAGCAACAACAACAGCAACCAAUCAUGGGGGUUGGUGUUGCGCCCCAGCAGCAACAACAACAACAGCAGGCCGGUGGUCAAAUGAACCAACAACCAAUCUCGAUGCAACAGCAACACAUUGCUUACAACAAAGCCACUCUGCAGACUCAGGUCCAGAACCAUUUCAAUGCGUUGGCCCUGGCUUACCUGAAUCAGAUCCUGUCCAGGGAGCUGCUGAUGGAGAACUUGGUGAUGUUGUUUGGCAAGGACAACGCCGAGCAGUACAGCCAAAAGAUCGAUAAUGUCGUGCCCGAGAAGAUCCCCAAGCUGCCACCCGACUUUAACAUUCAAACCGUGCUCGAGAAGACUGCCCACGUGCGCGAUCUGACCACCCAAUUCAAGAGGGAGCAUAGCAGAGCGCUGCAGACUCAGCCAGCGGCACCGACUCAACAGCCACAGGCGCCGCUGCAACAGCAGGCUACUGCACCGACUCAACAGCCACAAUCACAGACCCCAGCUCCACAGCAGUCGCCACUUCAACAGGCACCACAGACGCCACAACCACAACCGAUACUUAUGCAACCACAAGCGCAACAACAGCCACAAGCACAGCCUGCCCCAAUGACCCCGGCACAACCAACCAAAGCCAGUCCAGCAGCUACCACUACACCAGCAACACCACAGACCUCAGCUCCGCCCACAGCGGGCCUCACUCCAACCCCACCAGCAUCCACCUCUUCCUCCAGCGGUUCGUCGUCCAAGCAUUCAUCCAAGCACUCGAAUGGCUCGUCGUCUUCGUCAUCCAAGGAUAAGAAGGAGCUAAAGAAGGCCCUCGAGAAGAAGAAGAAGGAGGAGGAGAAAAAGGAGCGAGAGAAGGAGAAGGAGAAGGAGCGACAGGAGCGUGAGAGGGAGAAGCAGGAGAAGGAAAAGGAGAGACUGGAGAAGCAGGAAAAGGAGAAAGAGAACGAAGACGACAAGACCUCAAUCAAGGAGCUGAACGAUGUGACCAGGAUCGCAAACAUUGACAUGCGCAAUGAGACCGACUACUUCCUGCCAGAAGUAAGCGACGAACAAGACAGCAACUACAUCGAAGAGGUCGAGCCACUAUUCCUUAACGUCCAACCCUUGAGGAAGAAGAUAUGUACAAUAGCCUCAAAAUCUGGAAUCAAGGUAGUCGAGGAGGAUAUUUAUAAGUAUCUAUCAUUGGCAUCACAAGACUAUAUUAGGACGGUGAUGGAGUUCUUGAUUAGGGUGUCAGAACAACGCGUGGAGAAACAUAAGGAGGACUUGCCAUUCACUAUAACAAGCGAUCAUAAGAAGCGACUGCUGCUCAUUGAGAAGAGAGAGCGUGACGAGAAGAUCAGGAAGGACAAUGAGGAGACGGAGCGACUGCUGCGCGAAGCCAAGCAGCAGGAGAGGGAGAUGAAGAAGAAGCAGGACGACAAAUCGACGCUGGCACUGCGCGAGAAGUUCUCCAGAGCGCGUCAGGAGGAGGAGGAGAAGCAAAGGACGGCCUCGGCCAACAUGACUGCGCUGGCAGCCAUUGGUAACAUUGGAAAGAAAAAGACACAGUUGCCCAGACUUGGCGGUCCCUCGUUGCUCACACCAAUUGGCCUGACAUUGAUCCAACAGACACAGCUGCAGUCGUACGAGCAAUUGAUCAAAGAAGGACAGACGUUGACGCCCGAGCAAAACACCCAAUACCAACAUUUGCUCGACCAACAAGCGAGGUUUGAGCAGAUCAAGAGUGGCGCUCUUACAUCCCUUCCACCUCCACCUGUAUCAUUGAUGCCAACAACAUAUACGAACCAAUUGACAUCAUCAUCAUCAACAACAUCAUCAUUGACAUCAUCAUCAUCAUCUACCACAGCACCACCAGCCUCUACAUCAUCAACUUCGUCCAGCAACUCUGGACCAACACCAAUGGAAGGAGUUGUAAUGUCUGCUAGCCAGCAGGACACAAACAUGUCGACUUCAACAUCAACGACAACAACUACCAACAACACAGCGACAUCCACUACCACCUCCAUCUCCGAUUCAAGCAAUGCCAUUCCAACUACCGAGCCAAACUCACUUCUACCUCCAAGCCGUGUGUCAUCAUUGUUGACCGGAUUCCUGCCUCCAUCCAGUGUCGAGACCACCAGAUCCAGACAAACGAACCGAAAGAUCAUCAAGAAGGAUUGUAUAUUUGCCUCGAAGCUCAUUGGAUCACAUGUCCUACAGAAGUAUGAGCUAAAGAGAUUGAAGAAGACGCCUCAGUUCCAAUGA